AAGGGAGUGGAUAUGCAAAUCAGCCAUGGUUCGUGUGGAGGCGUGGCCAUGCAAAUGAGACACUGGGUAUGGAAUAAGGGGCGUGGUUAUGGCAGUGAAGCUGUGCACGGAAAUGGGGGCGUGGUCCGGAGUGUGGGCGGGGCCUCGGCCCCGGCGCGCGGGGUUGAGGCGGGGCCGGUCCCGCCCCGCGUUCCCGCCCAGAGCCCUCAGAGCCCUCAGAGCGCGGCGCGGCGGCGGCCGCAGAGACAGCAGCGGCACCGGCACCGGCACGGCCGCUCCAUCACCACCGCCGGGACCGCCGGCCCUUCCAUCACCGCCGGGCCCUCCAUCACCGCCCCUUCCGCCAUGAACUCGCUGCUCUUCGGGGAGAUGGCCCGCGCCUUCUCCCCCACCGCCGCCGCCGCCUCCUCGUGCCCGCUGGGCCCCGGCGGCGGCGGCCCCGCGGCGGCCGGGGGGGGCCCGCCGGUGACGGCGGCGCUGCGGAACGACCUGGGCUCCAACAUCCACCUGCUCAAGGGGCUGAACGUGCGGUUCCGCUGCUUCCUGGCCAAGGUGCACGAGCUGGAGCGGCGGAACCGGCUGCUGGAGAAGCAGCUGGCGGCCCAGCAGAGCGAGCGCGACCGCCGGCUGCGCUACAAGACCUUCUCCCGGGACCAGGCGGUGCAGACGGACGGCGGGACCCCGCCGCUGGUGCCGCCGCCGGGCCCCGGGCACGGGGCGCUGCCGUCGCCGCCGCACUACGGGCGCCUGCCCGGCACCAUCUGGAGCUACACCCAGGUGCGGCGCACCGGCGGCGGCGGCCUGGAGACCGUGCAGGGCCCCGGCGUGUCCUGGGUGCACCCGGACGGCGUCGGGGUGCAGAUCGACACCAUCACCCCCGAGAUCCGCGCCCUCUACAACGUGCUGGCCAAAGUCAAGCGGGAGCGCGACGAGUACAAGAGGAAAUGGGAGGAGGAGCUGACGAGAAGGAUGAGCCUGGAAUCCAUGGUGGAAACCUUGAGAGAGGAGGCACAGGAAGCAGAAGCUCUCCAGGAGGAGCUGAAUGAGAAGAUUGAGAGGCUGAAAGCAGAGCUGGUGGUGUUUAAGGGUCUGAUGAGUGAUCCCAUGACAGACCUGGACACAAAGAUCCAAGAAAAGGCCAUGAAGGUGGACAUGGACAUCUGCCGCCGAAUCGAUAUCACGGCCAAGCUGUGCGAUGUCGCGCAGCAGCGCAACUCGGAAGACGUUUCCAAGAUUUUCCAGGUGGCUUCCAAGAAGAAGGAGCGGAAGCUGCCGUCCGACGAGGAGCUGUCGGAGCAGGACCCGGACAACGGGAGGUUCUCGGAUGACGAGGUCAGCUGCUCCCUCAACAUCACGGACGAGAUGAAGAGGAUGUUCAACCAGCUCCGUGAGACCUUUGAUUUUGAUGACGACUGUGACAGUUUGACUUGGGAGGAGAACGAGGAAACGCUGCUGCUUUGGGAGGACUUCACCAACUGCAAUCCCUCCAUUGACCUCCAAGGAGAGGAGGAAAACCUGGGAAACUUGAUCCACGAAACAGAGUCUUUCUUCAAAACAAGAGACAAGGAAUACCAGGAGACAAUAGGACAGAUAGAGCUGGAACUGGCCACAGCCAAGAGCGACAUGAACCGGCACCUCCACGAGUACAUGGAGAUGUGCAGCAUGAAACGGGGCCUGGACGUGCAGAUGGAAACCUGCAGGAGGCUCAUCAAGGGCUCAGCUGACAGGAAUUCUCCAUCCCCCAGCUCCGUAGCCAGCAGCGACUCAGGAAACACAGACGAAAUUCAGGACGAUUUGGACAGAGAGACGGAUGUGGAGCCCAUGGUCAGCUGAUAGGAAGUGGGAGCACUCUGGAGAAGGGGAAGAUGGAGAGAAAAGAUCCCAAACCAAUUGCUGGGGGAAAGGUGAAAGACUCGAGAGCCCCUGCAGGGGCACUCUGAGGACUCAUUCCUACACGCAUCCCCUCCCACCCAAGGAUUGGUGCUGUACAUUUCUAUUGUUCUACAAACCAUAAAUGCAGAGUCCUGUAGGAAAACACGGUGUUUUAAUUGUGCCUUUGCCCCAAGCUGAGCCACUUUGAGCUCCAGUGGAAUAUUAAUAGCAGGUGUUUUUAUAAAAUACGUUAUUUAAAAAAUAAAACAAAACAACCAAAGCUGGUGGCAGCAGAGGAUGGUGCUGCAGAGGCUCUGGGUACUUCAAUAAGCUGCUGGUUUUAUUGAGCUGCUGCACUGAUUGGCAAAAGCAACACUGGCAAAAAGAGCAGCAAAACCAAGGCAAUUGUGGUGCAAUUACCAAUAUCUGGCACACAAAAAAAGAAUUGCCUCCAAAUUGAACUGCAAAUGUUUAAAAAUAACAGCAGGUUUGGAGACAGCUCGUAGGGUGAAGCAGUCCUACAAAAUCCAGAGGGUUUUCCUCAUCCCACCUUUUGGGGUGAGGGAGCCUCUGGGAUGUGUCCAAGGUUUCUGCUGGACUCCAGGACCUGGAGGAGCAGGACUCAGCUCGGUGGCAAAGCGGGGUGGGGCACAGGAGGGGUCACUGGGGGGGGACUAUCACUGAGUAACUACUAUGCAAAAACAACAAAAAAAGCUCGCCUUAUUUAUAUGGAAUGUUUGGUCCCUGCUGGGCUACAGUUAUCCCUUGGGAAAAGGAAAGCUAAACCCACAUUUGCACACUUAGAUGUCUGUAGAGCUUCUUUAGAGGUGGAAUGUUGUAUCACAAUGCCUUUGUUUCCAGUGAUUGGAUUUGGAGGGGAAUCAGCCCUUCAGGUCCGUGGUGGCUUGUGUCUUUUUGCAGGGUUUUUUUUAUUUUUAGUGUUUGCAGAUUUUCCUUUGCAGACAGAUAACUCCAUUUUAUGCUGCUUCCAUGAUGUGUGGAGUGGGGCAGGCGAAGCAUCAGGAUGAACUGACGUAGGUGUAGGCUGGAGACAGGACUCUGGGAGAGCUCCAGACCGCUGUUCUUUGGGAAAGCUGAACACUGGGAAAUGCUGUAAUCCUUUUUAGGCCGUAGUAAACCCAAUCCCAAAGUGCUGCUGCCCUGGAACUGGGGAGGAACAGCCACGUGCUUUCUCUGUGAGAAAGUGGCAACACCUUGGCUUUGCCCAUUUUUCUGUAUUUUUACCCAGGAGAAGCAGCAUCAAAGGAUCACACGGUGGUGGCUGAGGAAGCUCCAGCACCACCAAGCUCUCCACGGUUAGAGUGGGAAUUGUAGCACCUCAGCCAGGGAAAAACAGGGUAUAAACCUCAGCCAAUAAUUUUUUUGUUUUUAGUCCAAUAUUGAGAGCAUAGUUGAUACUGCCCAAAGCCAGCUGUGGGGUUAAGUAGUGCUUGGAGCUCAGAGUAAAUAGCAAAUGUGUUUGUUUUGCCUGCCAGGAACUUUGGAAAGUGCUGGUCAGGAGCAGUGCUAGGGCUGGGCAGGGAAAAUCCCCAUUUCAGCACCCUCUGUGUUAUGGAAAGGCAAAGUGGGCAGUCCUGUGAGCUUCCUGAGUGGUGUUCCUGAGCCUCUGGGGUAUUGAUCCAGGAUCUCUGGAGCUGCUCUGCAAACAGCCAGUGCAGAUCCGUGCUGCUCCCUUCCAUAAAAAGCACGGCUGUCUUGGAAAAUGGCUCAUUCCUGGGUGGGAACUCCUCAGUCUGGUGUGGCCAUGGAGAGGGGCAGGGCCUGGGGGUUCCUGGUGGAACUGUGGGCACAGGAAUUGCCUGGCUGUCAGCUCCAUCCCCUGCCUGGCACAGUGCAGCUCUGAGGCCACAUGGGUCAAACCAGCUUCCUGCCUUUUCCACCCUGGGAGGGAGGGAUCAGGCUGAUCCAUCAGGAUCCACAGUGUGGAGGGCACCAGCCACGGCUGCUGGCCCCUGUCCAAGCCCAUGGAUCCAAGGACAUUCCCGUGGUGUCCUGACUGGUGGCAAUGCUCAGAGUAGGUGACAACUCCCUGGAUCCUGGGCUGAGGGGCUUUCCAAAGCCUGGUCUGUCCUGUAAAUGUAGAUAACUUUUCUCUGGAAGAGAGACUUCAUUCCAAAGUGCUCAUUCCUGUUAUUUCUUAGGUGGCCAAAGUGGUAAAUGUGAUGUUCACUAGGGCUGCAAGCUGGGGGGGGAUGGGGGUGGAUUUGGGGUAUUUUUUGGAGGGGGCUGGGACUGCAUGUUUGAAAAUUGCAAUCUGAAAGGUUUUGAAGGGUUUUGAACUUCAGCUGCUCCCGAGGAGCCUCUCCCGAGGCUGAGGAAGCGUCUGCCAAGGCUGGAUGCCUGUGAUGCUUCAGGGCUGGGGCAGCAUUGCUCAGCACAGUGAAUCAGCUCCUGGAGCCUGCCCCUGGCUCUGCUGAUCCCAGGAAUGCUCCUGGAGCCUGCCCCUGGCUCUGCUGAUCCCAGGAAUGCUCCUGGAGCCUGCCCCUGGCUCUGCUCAUCCCAGGAAUGCUCCCAGAGCCUGUCCCUGGCUCCCCUCUGCUUGGGAAUGCUCCUGGAGCCUGUCCCUGGCUCCCCUCUGCUCGGGAAUGCUCCUGGAGCCUGCCCCUGGCUCUGCUCAUCCCAGGAAUGCUCCUGGAGCCUGCCCCUGGCUCUGCUGAUCCCAGGAAUGCUCCUGGAGCCUGCCCCUGGCUCUCCUCACCCCAGGCAUGCUCCCAGAGCUUACGCCUGGCUCCCUUCUCCCCAGGAAUGCUCCUGGCUCCACAGACCCAGUAUCUGUUGGGGCAGUGCUGCCGUUCCACUCUGGGUUUGUUAUUUUUCCUUAAAACUGAGCAUCCCCAUGGGAAAAAGGCUGAGUGUUCCCAAACCCAGGAGCUGCUGUGCCAGGGGCAGGGAAUUCCCGGAGCAGGAGUUCAGGUGCAGGGUGAGGAGGAGCACCCGCAGUGGGUGCUGAGGGCAGGGAAUUCCUGGAGCAGGAAUUGGGGUGCAGGGUGAGGAGGAGCACCCGCAGUGGGUGCUGAGGGCAGGGAAUUCCUGGAGCAGGAAUUGGGGUGCAGGGUGAGGAGGAGCACCCGCAGUGGGUGGGUGUGGGGUGUCGUAGAGGGUAGAACUCACGUGCACGGUGGUGAUGUGUAGGACAGUAGAGGUUCCCAUGGGUGUUGGUGUCUUGUAACCACAGGUAAUCCAUUUUUAAAGGUGUUUUCAUACUGGGGUGGGGGUUUGUUUUCAUUUGGGCUGGACCAGCCUUUUGGGGGCACUGGGGUUGGUCCUUGGGGGUUUCCCUGGGAGGUCAUUCCAAGUCUGGCUGUGCUGCUGCUCCUGCUCCGUGUGUGUGGUACCACUCCAGAGACCAGAUCAAAGCUUGCCAGAGGGAGAAAAAAGAAAAAAAGGAAUUUAAUUGUAAAAAUGCUGGAAAUGAUUUUGAUGACCUCUUUCUUUUUUCCUUUGUAAAGCUGUAAAUACUUUAUUUUUGUUUUCUAUUCUUAAUGCGGUGUCAUAUUGACACUUUUUUAGAUUUACAAUCAGAAAAUCCUCCUCAUUGUUUCUCAUUUUUUAAAAGGGGAUUUCAAGGAAGCAAAUUUUUUUGCUCGUUAGCAGUGUAAUAAUAGAUCAAAUUCCUAAACUGAGUUUGUACAAAAAUGUUUUCAGUAAACAAAUGGCAGUUUGUGGAUGCAUGUUGUUCAAAAAUGUCCAAAGAAUAAUGUGGUACAAAUGUUUUAAAGAAUAAUGUGGUACAAACAUGUUUUUCAAAGACUUAGUGAUGAUCAUCUUAGUUCACAAAAGGAAAAAAAGCAAAAUUCUUUAAAAAAAAAGAGAAUUUGUGUUUGGGGGGGGAAUGUAAUGAAACUCAUCUAAGCUAAAUGUGUAAUCUAUUUAUAAAAACACAGUAUAUAUUCUAUUUUUAUCAGAGGUUUUUAAAGUGCAAACAGAUUCCUGUUGGCAGAUGCAAUUGUUCCCUUGUGAAGUCCCUUCUGCUCCAAUGGGACCCCCAAAUUCUCUGCUGGUUCCAAGAGCCAACGUGGAAAUAAUCGGGACAGGUUUGGCUGUGGAGCACUCACAGGUCGCUUCCUCCAGGGGAGGCUGCAGCUUCAGCAGCUUUCCUGCCUCUGCAGAAUUGUUGCUGUGAUUUUAUUCCCUUCCCUGCAGUUUUAUUCCCUCCCCCUGACUGGGAGGAUGCUCCUGGGAAGGGCCAGGCCCUGCUGAAUCCCGGGAGUGCAGCAGGGCAGGGGUUAAACUCAGCCUCAGCCUGGAGCAUAAAUUACCUGUAGAAAUUGGGAUUAACUCAACAAAACAACAGAUGGGAAUCAUGCCUGAAUACGCAUCCAGAGCUGCUUCCAAAGUGAGAUUAUAUUCAUUUUCUUUCCCGUGCUCAUUCCUGCCAGCACAAACACGGGCUGGCGGCCUUGGCUGCGGAAAGCCGCGGGUGCUCCCGGAGCUGCUCCCGGUGUUUCCCUUGGCUCUGGGGACACGGGGGAUGUUUGUGUUGGAAGAGCUGCACUGCUGGGAGGUUUCAUGUUCGAGUGCUUCAUUUCAGGGCUGAAUGUUUAAGGAAUGAUUUGUCCCUGGAUUUGGCUGGAUUACGACAUCCCAGCGCUUCCGCAAGGCGGGAACACCCCAGGGAGGAUUUUCCACCUUUGGCCUCAGGGCUUCUGGGGUUUUUAUCCGUCUGCAUGGGUCCAUGGGUCCAGGGCUUGGAAGGGGAGCACACAGCUUUUAAAGCUCUGUGCCUUCGGUGUUUUGCCACCCAAAGGUUUGAUUUUAAGCGUUGUAGUGGGAUGGAGCUGUGUCCCUCUGAGUCCUAACCGAGAAACAAAAUAACAACAAGGCACCAGCAGUGUCCUGGUGGGAAUAACGAGCGGAGGUGAGCUGGGAGCGCUGCCUGCCAAAUUCUCCGUGGGAAUGGGAUCCCAGCCCUUUCCCUGCAGAGGGAGCACUCAGGCCUUGGCCAGGCCCUUGGCAGAGCAGUGAAAAAACACUUGGCCCUUCCUUUCUGUCUGUUUUCGUGUGAGUUCGGUGUCCUCAGACCCUUCUGCGUUUGCAGGAGUCUUUCAAAGCUUCUCUUUCAAAGGAGCAACAAACUGUCUUUAAUUGUGGGUAUUUGAUUGCAGAAAUCACCAUUCCCCCCUAAUUUGAGGCACUCCAACAGUGAAGCACUUGGGAAGGGGAUGCUUGUGGUUCUGGCCAGCUCCCUUUUGAGGAAUUAUGAUGUUAAUGCUUAAAACAACCCCUGGGGUGGCUUCAAACCGGCAUCAUCUCUGUGCCACAAGCCCAGGGGAGCUGCCCAGACUGCCACCCCCAAACCCCCAAAUUUCUGUUUUAUUGCAGAGGGUUUGAGGGCGGUUCAACCUCGGUCACUAAAACACACUCCUUUGUGUGACGUGGUUUCACCAAAAAACUCACAACGCAGUCCCUAAAACACUCCCCGUGGUUAAAGUAAACGUAGCAACCUUCUGCCAAAAAUGAUUAUUUAUUAUUUAUCGUGUUCGAGUGGAGGGUAUUGAUGCCUCCUCCCUCCUGCUGUGUCACUUCUUGUCCUUCCUCUUUAGGUCACCUAAGAGUUUCUUUUAUCCCCACGACAACGAACUACUGAUGGUGUGGGAACGCCCCUGGUUACCGUCCCCGUGUAAAUAUUGUGCUUUAUAUUCUGUAUAUUAGCUAAUUUUAACUAAAAAGACUGGACUGACGAUGCUGUUGGAGCCCUGGUGGGGAAAGGCCGGAGGAUGACGCAGCUCCCAGGCUCUGGAGCUGGCGUGGGGCUGGAAUUCUGUGCUGGGAGCCUGCAGCAGCCGGAACGGGACACCACCAGUGGGUUUGGGACCACGAAAUGCUUCAGGAACCCAACCCACAUCAGGAGGAGCCCGGAAAACUCCCUCAGCCAGAGCCACAACACCCGCCCUCCUCCGAGCUCGGCGGAUUUGCUCCGUUUUUCCUUUUUUUAGUGCCAAAACCGACCCCACCGCCCCUCGCAGGCCUGCUGGUGGCUCUCCGUGUCCGGCCGCUGUCCGGCCGCUGUCCGGCCGCUGUCCGGCCGCUGUCCGUCCCGCUCCGUCCCUCCGUCCUGCCCGCGGUGCCGCACCCCGCGGCCGGAGCUGUCCACCAAACGGGUCCCAGUCGGUCUCUGGUGACGAGGAAAGCCACAAAAAACUGUAAAAUAAAUACCAGACUCCUGGUUGAAA